CCCAGGAGCAUGGCGACCCCUGACCCUGGGCGCACUUAUGCAGCCCUCGGACACCUGCAGCAAUCGAUGGCAGACUGGAUAGCCCGAACUCGGGACAGCCGGCGGGAGCUGAUGGCUAAAUUGCCUGAAGGACAGUAUGUCUUGUGCCGUUGGACUGAUGGACUUUAUUAUCUUGGGAAGAUUAAGAGAGUGAGUGAUGCUAAGCAAAGUUGCCUGGUGACCUUUGAAGAUAACUCCAAAUACUGGGUGCUUUGGAAGGACAUCCAGCAUGCUGGUAUUCCCAGUGAACAGCCGGAAUGCAACAUCUGCCUGGAGAAGACAUCGGAGCCUCUGAAUGAGAUCUUGAUCUGUGGGAAGUGUGGAGUUGGUGAGAACGUUCUCCAGAUCUUCCUCUGUCCUGGUUUUGGGUGGGCCUGGAUCAUCCAUGCUAUGGUUUCUCUGCAGUGG